CUUGCGCAGUGUUGAAGAGUCGCAAGGGUCGUAGCUGGGCCGAGAAGUUGGAUCGCUCAAUAUUCAUCCCUCGGCUAUGCGAUAACGUCGAGUGGUGAUAGUAAAAAAAGAAAACGAAAUUCUAGGCGGAAAAACAAAAUAAUAAAAAAAAAAAUUGUGUUCUCGUGAAAUUUUUAUCUAAUAAAAAUUUUCCAAUUGUCCAUAAAUAUAUAGACAAAAAGUAAUUUCCAAGUUACUUUAACUUGUUUCUUAUAUUCGCAAGAAAAAAAAGUUUAAACUUUCAAGCUGGAGUCCAUGGACGGGAAAAAGGAACAAUUUUACCAGCGACCACCAAAGCUGGGGAAAUGGGAAAGUAUUCGAUUAUUCCUUUGGAAUUCGGAAACAGGACAAUUUAUGGGUCGAACUGGCUCCAGUUGGGCUAAAAUCCUGUUGUUCUACGUUAUCUUUUAUGCUGUACUGAGUGGUUUCUUUGGCGCUAUGCUGGCAGUCUUUUAUCAAACAUUGGAUCCAAAUCAACCUAAAUGGCAACGAGAAAAAUCUCUAAUUGGUAACAAUCCAGGACUUGGAUUCCGUCCCAUGCCACCUGAUAGUAACGUUGAAAGUACGUUGAUCUGGUACAAAGCAACUGACCAAGGCAAUUAUGGUCACUGGACAAAGGCACUAAACAAAUUUCUUGAAGGUUAUGACAAAAGUCUAUCUACUGGAGCAGAUCAAAGAAUAACUUGUGAUUAUGGUAGGCCACCACCACCUGGAAAAGUUUGUGAUGUAGACGUGAAGGCAUGGACUCCUUGUACAAAAGCUAACAGCUACAAUUAUCACAAAUCUGCACCAUGUAUUUUCUUGAAGUUAAAUAAGAUUUUUGGCUGGUUACCAGAAUAUUACAACGAUACAGAGAAUUUGCCAAAUAACAUGCCUGAUGAUUUAAAAAUGCACAUUUUAAAUGAAAAAUCUAGAAACCCUAAAUCAGUGGACACUAUUUGGGUCUCAUGCGAAGGUGAAAAUCCAGCUGAUGUUGAAAACAUUGGUCCGAUCCAGUAUAUACCACGAAGAGGCUUUCCUGGCUUCUAUUUUCCAUUCACCAAUACAAAAGGCUAUUUGAGUCCACUCGUUGCUGUAUUUUUUGAGAAACCAAAAUAUGGUGUUUUAAUCAACAUUGAGUGUAAAGCCUGGGCGAGGAAUAUAAUACACGACAGAUUUGAAAGACGUGGAUCUGUGCAUUUUGAAUUGAUGGUAGAUUAAGCAAACGUUGAUAUUUCAGCAAGAUUACAGACAACUGCUUUGUAAAGAAUUUUUCAAAUAGUUUUUGUGAAACAACUAUGACUUGGGAAUAUUUUUUAAAAUGCUUGUUGACCUUACCAUCUACGAUUUGCCUGUUAUAUAUAUAUUUAAAAAAAAUUUUAACUUCAUUAUUUAUAAGCGACAAAAAUAAAUUGUAGGUUACUUCUCUUGACAUCUUCUUAAAAAAAAUGUAGCUUCAGAUAUAUGAUUUCCAUUAAAUGCAUACGCGUUUGUAAAUAGUAAUUAAUCACGCCAUAUAAAACUAUACUCCCCUGUGAACAAAGAAGAAUUCGAAGGUGAUCUUUGUAUUUCGAAAAAAUAGAGUUCGACGAAUUUGUAAUUGGUUUUUCAUUUGCGAAACUUUCCAGGCCACAAAAUAAAAAUAGACUAGAAGGGCACUUUCAAUAAUACAUGCUAUUAAAGUUGAAAACUCCAAAAAGUAAAACAGUAUUAUUAAUAUAAAAUAAUGAAUUCCACAUUUGUUAUUUUAAUGAAAAUUAUCAAUACUAUUUCAUUAUUUUUGAACUUUAAUAAUAUGAAUUAUUUAAUUUAAACACAGUGAUAUUUACUGAUUACUACGGCAACGCUCAAAUUCGAAAAACGCUAGUCGAAAUUUCUUUUUUUACAGGGUCGCUAUUAAACUUAAAUUUUUUCACUUCUGCUAAAUCAUGGGACAUUAUUCUAUGUCUAAGCACAAUAUUAACUCCAAAUAUAAAAUAUAUAUACUAGAUCGAUCAGUCCGUUACAUUACUAUAUUGACAAGUUCGUAUGUCCAAUAAAGGAAAAUUCAAAAAACCCAAUUAGUAAUAGAUUUUACAUGUUUUAAUUUAAAUAUUAUAGAGUGGUAAAAUGAAUUUUUUCUUAAUGAAUAAAAGUUGCUGCUUUGUUUUUUAGUAGAAAACAUCUUAUAAUAUUUAAAUUAUUAAGGACUGAGCUGCAUUCACUCUUAAUAUAAUUCUUUUUACAACUCUAUAAUAAAUGAAAUAAAAUAUUGUAACGUCACAGGGUCAUUGCUUUUUCAUUGAAAUUUAUUAUUGAAAUUCUUAUAAAGUAUUUCCAAUUAAUUUCGCACUAAAAUUUUUGAAUGCCAAGUAGUAAAAAAUGUUACUUAUCACUUGUGCUAAUUCAUAAUCUCUAAUCACGACAACAACAGUUUGACAUGAGCCUUCUAAAAUUAAAAAAUUUCAGUUCGAAAAGAAAACAGUUUUUUUUACAAUUAAGUAAAAAAAUUUAAUACGUUUUCCUAAUUAUUAUUUAUCAAGGCCUGAUAGGAAUAACCUGAUCGAGUAUCUACCCAAGCCUUGGCAGGGCCAGAUGAUGACAUCGCAUCCAAACUGUCAGUCCUUAAAAUUAAGAUGAAAAGAGAAGUGUUUAAGAGUAAAAUCCAAAUAAAAGAAGCAAUUUCUAACCCCAGAUUCCUUUUUAGCUGACAAGAAUAUCUUGAAAACGAUUUUCAUAUAAAUUAAUAAAUUUGUGUGAAUUUUAUAUAGAUAAUACUUUAAAACAUCUCAUCGAAUUCUUUAAAUUGUGGAUCUGGGUAAUGUGAGUAAAAUAAAUUGAAUUGAACUUUUUGGUAAAAAAAUUAAAUUCCACGAGUAAAAUAAGAUAUAUUUUACUCAAGAUAUUUUAAUCAAUUUUUGUCAAGUAUUUUGUUGAUAUUUGUCGAUUGUAAGAGAAUUGUGUGCAUCAACACUCACAGUGAAUCGGCGUGUGUUACAAAUAAGUGAUGUCUGUUAAAUGAUUCUAAGGUCGGACUCUUGUGACUUAAGAAAAAUGCAUGAAAUCCUUUUUUUUAUAGGAAUUACAAAGUUGAAUUUCAAUUCUGUAUUCUAAAUUUAAUUGAUCUUUCAUAUAAUUUUAAUGUCUCUAAUAGAGACAUUGUUAUUUCGUUUCAUAAAGCCCUAAAAAAUUAAACUACGAAAAUAGAUUUUCAGUCUUUGUCGAAAAAUUUAUGAAAUUUCUUGAAAAAUACUCUUAAAUCACAAUAAUACGACUUGAGAACGACUUCGAUUAACAAUAAUUCAGUCGAUCUGUUCUUCUAGGGAUGACAUCCCCUUUAAUAAAAAUAAACUUGUCAUUUUGUUGUCUUGGAUAGAUAAAUUUUUUUUUAGUCAAAAUUUUAGUAAUAAUCGCAUCAUUAAAGGUCACUAAACAAGUUUCAAAUUUCUAUUUAAUUGGGUGAAUUCAGAAACAUCAUUACCCACUUUAACAUCAUUGAAAAUAGAAAUAUGAAACUUUAUUUAUAGCAUUAAAUUUGUUAAGAGUGAACAAAAGUGAUUAGUCGGCAGUGUAGAUAUUUAUUGUAGCAAGUUUAGAUACUCACGAAUUGGGUGUUUUAAAAAUCGAAAUGAGAAAAUAAAAGAGCUUUAAGAAACUUAAUUACCAUUGCUUCAAGUAAUAUAUACGGAAUAGUUUAUAUAUGCAAAUAUAUAUUGUAUUAGUUUACUCAUUCGUGUCGAAAAUAAGUACAAUAAUGUUUAACGAUUACUUUCUGGUUUGUAAUUGACUUUGCCUUAAGUAUAAAAAUAUGCUUAAAUCUAAUGCAAAUUAAAAAGACAUCGUUUAACACUGCUGUACGUAGUAUUGAAUUUUUAGGGCUUCGUAAGAAAUGCGCAAUAUUAGUGGACAUCUAUCUAAAACAGCAUACAUAUGUAACUAUAAUGAUAUGGAGCAUUUUUGUGCUUUUAUAACAAAACACUUAUUCCAUAAUGUUGGAAUUUAAUUGAAAAAAACAAUGUUAUCAAGUAUACCUUUUUGAUUUUUAGAAAAAAAUUAAGAGGAUCAAAAAACAUUUAAAACUUUUAUAUACUUUUAAAGAAGUCGUCAUGAUAUAAAAGCUAUUAUUGUUAUACAAAUGUAAAAUUAUGUUUUAAAAGAUAAUUAUAAUUCGCUUAAAAUAAAUACGCAGAAUGAGGCACCCUCUAUUGAAAAACAUAUGCCGUACUUUAAAUAACUAAUUUAUAAAUUCAGGUACGUAUAGAAAAUAAUUCUGAGCUAAACUCAGACCUAUGUUACACUAUUUCUUAGAUUAAUUUAAUAACACAUUAACCUGAAAACAAGAGUUGCAUCAUACCAUUUUCAUUAGUAUUAUUAUCUGUAAUUCACAAUAAAAUCACUCAAAGCGAUUAUAUUUAUCAUUGAAAAAAAAGUUGUAAUAAUGGACAUACAUACAACGUUGUUAAAGUAUGAAACGAAGAAAGAAUGAGUGUUUGAGACUGUAGGAAUGCAUGGUAGAAAAAAUGUGUUUAUAACAGUUACGAUAUUAGAGAUUCUACUUAACGUUCAUUCGGACUAGUAAUCGAACUCAUAUAUUAAUUGGAUUCUCUGUUUCUCUGAAUUACAGAAAAUGAAAUCAAAUAAGUAUUUCUGUUAAAAAAUAAAAAUUCUUAAAUAAAUUAAUAAACAAUUACGUUAAAAAUUAAAAGCAAAAAUUUCGUUUUGUAUACAAAAUAUAAAUUAAUAAAAAACAACAAAGAAUUAAAAGAUAUACAA